GCGCCUCCCUUUGCAACGGAGCGGCUGGCCGAGCGAGACCCCCGGGGGCCACGAUGAGCGCCUCCUGGCCGGGGCUGCGGCGGGCCCUGCAGCUGACCCUGGCCGUCGUCAAGCCCGACGCGGUGGCCCACCCUCUGGUGCUGGAGGCUGUGCAUGAAACCAUCCUGAGCCACAAAUUCUUGAUCGUCCGGACAAAGGACCUUCUCUGGAGUAAGGAGGACAGUCAGAGGUUCUACCAGGAGCACUCAGGGCGCUUUUUCUACCAGAGGCUGGUGGAGUUCAUGUCCAGUGGCCCCAUGAGGGUUUAUAUCCUGGCUCACGAGGAAGCCAUCACACGCUGGAGAUCAUUGAUGGGUCCCACCAAGGUUUAUCGUGCCCGCCACAUGGCUCCAGACUCCAUCCGUGGGACUUUGGGCCUCACCGAUACCCGGAACACCGUCCAUGGCUCAGAUUCUGCAGCCUCAGCCAGCAAGGAAAUUGCCUUCUUCUUCCCAGAUUUCAGUGAAGAGGAGUGGUACCAACACGAGGAGCCACAGCUCCGUAGAGAAACAGUUGGAGCUCAUGCAGUCAUCGGUUGCCACCUGCAAGAUGGCUAAAUGGAGCAGGAUUAGCCACCUUGAAGUUCCUCUCAUGGAUGUCAACUGAGGUUCUGCCAUGACCAGCAGGUGGUCCUCAUGAGCUGAGGCUUCCUUACAGCGUGCGAACUUUGCUGUUGGAAGAUGCCCAGUGGAGAGUGGUUUUUGCCCCUCUUCUUAUGCCAAAGAUCAGACACACGUGUGUGAACCAUGUACAGUCUUCACUGAUUCUCACCUUCCCUGGGAUGUUUCAUGGAAGGGCAGGGUUUCCAGGCUGGGCAGAUCAGUCUGCAUUGGAUCUCUUGAAGCACCUGGGACCGAGGAUGACGUCCAGAAGGUGGGACCCUAACCGGGAUAGACCUGCCUCCAAUCUAGAAUGUCUUGGGUUACUAUCUGGAAGUUGAGUCAUGGCAACUGGUGGACUUCUCAGGAGAACUGGAAGAUCUUCUCAGGAGAACUGGAAGAUCUUCUCAGGAGAACUGGAAGAUCUUCUCAGGAGAACUGGAAGAUCUUCUCAGGAGAACUGGAAGAUCUUCUCAGGAGAACUGGAAGAUCUUCUCAGGAGAACUGGAAGAUCUUCUCAGGAGAACUGGAAGUCCAGUUGCCAGGACUCAACUUCCAGGCAACUUUAGGUAGAUGCCUUAGAAUUUUUAUUGACUCUUAGGUUCCUGGUUUCUGGGACAGAUUUUGCGCACAUGCCAAAGCGCCUUUUGCCUUGAGGAUUUACACCCUGAACCCCUUUGGAGGGGGAGGGCAGUCUUGCCCCAGGCAGCUGUAAGAUGGACGUGCUCCCUCUCCACCUUGUGCUUAAGACCUCUGACCUCUUGCAUAACUGGCUGGGGAAUUCUGGGAGUUGAAGUCUGGGAGUCUUAAAGUUGCCAAGGAUGGACAUGCCUGCCUUAGACUCUGAGUUGUCCAGCAAACCCCAGAAAGUCCCUUCCUUGUGAUCCUCCAAGCAUCAUCUCCUCCUUUGGAGAGUUUGGAGUUU